AUGAAGAACGAUAGCGACGCAGCCUGGUGCGACGUCUUUGGCGAAUUGCUGGUGUUUAAGCAGGACUUUGACACUGCCAUGCACAUACUUAUGUUCCAGGAUGAAAAGGUGGCGCGACUGUCGCUUGAAGAUUCACCGCUGAAGAGAAUUAAGCGAGGAAAACGGACCAUAACCCGCAGAAAUUGCACUUCAAUAAGGCAGAGCCCCAGUAAAAAGCGCAGACGAUCAGAAAUAUCACAAAUAAAACGUGGAGAGGAUCCGCGUUUAUCUCUACGUGUCAUUACGUCUUUUUCCAGUGAAGAUGACGAUGACAAAGAGAAAAAGAGGGGGAAAAAAGUGACACAAGACAUUGAGACGAAAAACGACGUUGUGGUCGAGGAUUUCGCUACUUUGUUAGGAGAAUGUAUUGAUAGAAUAGCCAUGGUGCCGAGUUUAUUCAGUACUGGGUCUGGAAAGAUGAUGUCAGUGUCCAAGUCGCGGUUGCAGGUGUACGAGGAGAAGCUGAACAGUGAGGAGGAGUCUAUGGCCGAUAGCACGGCCAUGGUGCCGAGUCUAUUCAGUACUGGGUCUGGGAAGACGAUGUCAGUGUCCAAGUCGCGGUUGCGGGUGUACGAGGAGAAGUUGAACAGUGAGGAGGAGGCAGUGGCCGAUAGCACGACCAUGGUGCCGAGUUUAUUCAGUAGUGGGUCUGGGAAGACGAUGUCAGUGUCCAAGUCGCGGUUGCGGGUGUACGAGGAGAAGCUGAGCAGUAUGGAGGAGUCUAUGGCCGAUAGCACGGCCAUGGUGCCGAGUUUAUUCAGUACUGGGUCUGGGAAGACGAUGUCAGUGUCCAAGUCGCGGUUGCGGGUGUACGAGGAGAAGUUGAACAGUGAGGAGGAGUCUAUGGCCGAUAGCACGGCCAUGGUGCCGAGUUUAUUCAGUAGUGGGUCUGGGAAGACGAUGUCAGUGUCCAAGUCGCGGUUGCGGGUGUACGAGGAGAAGCUGAACAGUGAGGAGGAGUCUAUGGCCGAUAGCACGGCCAUGGUGCCGAGUUUAUUCAGUACUGGGUCUGGGAAGACGAUGUCAGUGUCCAAGUCGCGGUUGCGGGUGUACGAGGAGAAGCUGAACAGUGAGGAGGAGUCUAUGGCCGAUAGCACGGCCAUGGUGCCGAGUUUAUUCAGUACUGGGUCUGGGAAGACGAUGUCAGUGUCCAAGUCGCGGUUGCGGGUGUACGAGGAGAAGCUGAACAGUGAGGAGGAGUCUAUGGCCGAUAGCACGGCCAUGGUGCCGAGUUUAUUCAGUACUGGGUCUGGGAAGACGAUGUCAGUGUCCAAGUCGCGGUUGCGGGUGUACGAGGAGAAGCUGAACAGUGAGGAGGAGUCUAUGGCCGAUAGCACGGCCAUGGUGCCGAGUCUAUUCAGUACUGGGUCUGGGAAGACGAUGUCAGUGUCCAAGUCGCGGUUGCGGGUGUACGAGGAGAAGCUGAACAGUGAGGAGGAGUCUAUGGCCGAUAGCACGGCCAUGGUGCCGAGUCUAUUCAGUACUGGGUCUGGGAAGACGAUGUCAGUGUCCAAGUCGCGGUUGCGGGUGUACGAGGAGAAGUUGAACAGUGAGGAGGAGUCUAUGGCCGAUAGCACGGCCAUGGUGCCGAGUCUAUUCAGUACUGGGUCUGGGAAGACGAUGUCAGUGUCCAAGUCGCGGUUGCGGGUGUACGAGGAGAAGCUGAACAGUGAGGAGGAGUCUAUGGCCGAUGGCACGGCCAUGGUGCCGAGUCUAUUCAGUACUGGGUCUGGGAAGACGAUGUCAGUGUCCAAGUCGCGGUUGCAGGUGUACGAGGAGAAGGUGAGCAGUAUGGAGGAGGCAGUGGCCGAUAGCACGACCAUGGUGCCGAGUUUAUUCAGUAGUGGGUCUGGAAAGACGAUGUCAGUGUCCAAGUCGCGGUUGCAGGUGUACGAGGAGAAGUUGAACAAUAUGGAGGAGGCAAUGGCCGAUAGCACGACCAUGGUGCCGAGUCUAUUCAGUACUGGGUCUGGGAAGACGAUGUCAGUGUCCAAGUCGCGGUUGCAGGUGUACGAGGAGAAGCUGAGCAGUAUGGAGGAGGCAGUGGCCGAUAGCACGACCAUGGUGCCGAGUUUAUUCAGUACUGGGUCUGGGAAGACGAUGUCAGUGUCCAAGUCGCGGUUGCAGGUGUACGAGGAGAAGUUGAACAAUAUGGAGGAGGCAAUGGCCGAUAGCACGGCCAUGGUGCCGAGUCUAUUCAGUACUGGGUCUGGGAAGACGAUGUCAGUGUCCAAGUCGCGGUUGCGGGUGUACGAGAAGAAGUUGAACAGUAUGGAGGAGUCAAUGGCCGAUAGCACGGCCAUGGUGCCGAGUCUAUUCAGUACUGGGUCUGGGAAGACGAUGUCAGUGUCCAAGUCGCGGUUGCAGGUGUACGAGAAGAAGUUGAACAGUAUGGAGGAGUCAAUGGCCGAUAGCACGGCCAUGGUGCCGAGUUUAUUCAGUACUGGGUCUGGGAAGACGAUGUCAGUGUCCAAGUCGCGGUUGCAGGUGUACGAGGAGAAGGUGAACAGUGAGGAGGAGUCUAUGGCCGAUAGCACGGCCAUGGUGCCGAGUCUAUUCAGUACUGGGUCUGGGAAGACGAUGUCAGUGUCCAAGUCGCGGUUGCAGGUGUACGAGGAGAAGGUGAGCAGUAUGGAGGAGGCAGUGGCCGAUAGCACGACCAUGGUGCCGAGUUUAUUCAGUACUGGGUCUGGGAAGACGAUGUCAGUGUCCAAGUCGCGGUUGCGGGUGUACGAGAAGAAGUUGAGCAGUAUGGAGGAGUCAAUGGCCGAUAGCACGGCCAUGGUGCCGAGUUUAUUCAGUAGUGGGUCUGGGAAGACGAUGUCAGUGUCCAAGUCGCGGUUGCAGGUGUACGAGGAGAAGGUGAGCAGUAUGGAGGAGGCAGUGGCCGAUAGCACGACCAUGGUGCCGAGUUUAUUCAGUAGUGGGUCUGGAAAGACGAUGCCAGUGUCCAAGUCGCGGUUGCAGGUGUACGAGGAGAAGCUGAACAGUGAGGAGGAGGCAAUGGCCGAUAGCACGACCAUGGUGCCGAGUUUAUUCAGUAGUGGGUCUGGGAAGACGAUGUCAGUGUCCAAGUCGCGGUUGCAGGUGUACGAGAAGAAGUUGAACAGUAUGGAGGAGGCAAUGGCCGAUAGCACGGCCAUGGUGCCGAGUCUAUUCAGUACUGGGUCUGGGAAGACGAUGUCAGUGUCCAAGUCGCGGUUGCGGGUGUACGAGGAGAAGUUGAACAGUGAGGAGGAGUCUAUGGCCGAUAGCACGGCCAUGGUGCCGAGUUUAUUCAGUACUGGGUCUGGGAAGACGAUGUCAGUGUCCAAGUCGCGGUUGCAGGUGUACGAGGAGAAGGUGAGCAGUAUGGAGGAGGCAGUGGCCGAUAGCACGGCCAUGGUGCCGAGUCUAUUCAGUAGUGGGUCUGGGAAGACGAUGUCAGUGUCCAAGUCGCGGUUGCGGGUGUACGAGGAGAAGUUGAACAGUGAGGAGGAGGCAAUGGCCGAUAGCACGGCCAUGGUGCCGAGUCUAUUCAGUACUGGGUCUGGGAAGACGAUGUCAGUGUCCAAGUCGCGGUUGCAGGCGUACGAGGAGAAUGUGAGCAGUAUGGAGGAGGCAAUGGCCGAUAGCACGGCCAUGGUGCCGAGUUUAUUCAGUAGUGGGUCUGGGAAGACGAUGCCAGUGUCCAAGUCGCGGUUGCAGGUGUACGAGGAGAAGUUGAACAAUAUGGAGGAGUCAAUGGCCGAUAGCACGGCCAUGGUGCCGAGUUUAUUCAGUACUGGGUCUGGAAAAACGAUGUCAGUGUCCAAGUCGCGGUUGCGGGUGUACGAGGAGAAGUUGAACAGUAUGGAGGAGGUAAUGUUGCUCUCGAGUAUGGACCCAGUUAAUUUGAGUGCGCGAAACGCCCGCUACAACGCUAGCGGUUUGGGUGGUACGAAAAAUGGUGCUGAGGGGACCCGACUGGGAAAUGUGGGUAUAAUUGGUUUGACGAUGAGGAAUCAGUCGAAGAUGCUUGGCGGUUCACGUGAAAGACUGAUGCCUUUUUGUGCUGUGGCGGAUGAUCCUGCACUUGUUGGUUGCAGUCGAGGUUCAGCCUUACCACCUGAUCGAUCACGUGAGAGUGUGUACCAUCAAGUUGAAUCGCACAGUCGUGGUCUGGGACUUGACUGUAGUGACAAAGAAAAUGUUCAUCCUGAGAGUUUACGAGAUAGAGAAACCGCUGCAGUAGAAACUUCUAAGAUGUGGCGGCCAAGAUUCAGCUUGAAAAAGCCGAUCUUACGGUCAGUCAGUAAGUAUCGUGAACACCAAUCUAUUCAACAUCAAGGAAUGGCGAAAAGAGUUUUGAAGCCGUCGAUCGAACCUCGAGCGAAAUUGAUAGGCAAAAGACAAUUUCACCCACCGCUUCCUAGCAAACGUUUGUGCGCUAACGACUUCGAAGGCCUUCGAGAGCUAGGCCCCCACCCUACAGGUCUGAGAAGCAAUACAAAAAAAGCUAUCGCGGUUGAAGCCCAGCCUUUCGUUUACCAGGAAACCAUGAAGAUUUCAUUGGCUUCCUUGAUGAGGCUAUAUGAAGAUCGUAGCCGUGUUGAAAAGGGCUUUGAGCUCGAUCGGCGUGAAGUGUUAAACUGCAUUACUGCAGAAAAUGCCGUUAAUGUUUGCUUCUCGCGUGAUGGAAAUUUAAUGUGCUCCUCUGAAGCAUCCUACGACAAGGCGCUUUUCACGGGGCCACGUGAGCUAUACCGUCAACUUAAAGUGAGAAAGCACAUUGUGAAGACAAUGGGGGCGACGUUCGCUUGGUUUUUGAAUCACUAUCGAUGGAUCGUUUGGAAGUUGGCUGCUAUGGAACGCUCCUUCCCUCACCUCUUGCUAAAAAAGUAUCUUACGAAGGAUCAAGUUUUGAAACAGAUUACUUACCGGCAUCAGCGAGACCUGAACGAUGCACAACGCUCAAUUUUGAAGAAAGUUCUCAAUCGAGAUGCAAGUUCGCUAAAUUGUAUGGUUCUAUGCGUUGCUGCAGUGCUGCCGUUUCCUGCAAAAACGAACAGCUCCUUCGACGAGGAACUUCCAGCGUGUUGGAAUUUGGCUCUCGUCCUUACAGAUGGGUGGUAUUCUGUGUACGCUGUCCCUGAUGCACCUUUAGCAGCAGUAUUAUGGAAGCUUAAUGCAAAGUCGAGCAUUGUUGGGACAAAACUCGCAACGUGGAAUGCAUCGUUACAGAAUUCGGUGGAGGGAGUUGAUCCGCUGGAGUGUGCUAUCGUUUGUGAAUCGCAGUGGAAAAACCCCUUGCUAGCUAAGGAAGAUCUGGCGAAAUGGCCAUACUUACACUUACGUUACAACAGUACGCGUCGAGUGAGAUUUGAGACGCGGCUGGGAGUAGAGGAAUUGCGCUACGUGAUACCUCCAAUAUUACGGCAGCGAAAAAAACAUCAGCCACAACUCACGUUUGCAUUGUUGAAGAGCAUACCAUUAAAAAGUCUGGAGGUUGGAGGCGGGAUGGUUCGCUCGGUGCGAAUUCGAGUGACCCGCGUUUCUCCUCUUCUUCAUAUACAGGCGAAGGAAUGGACGUUAGGGCCACGAAUUCUCUGUGGUGAGCACCUACCGCUGUAUUUCGAGCUUCGGUCCGAGUAUGGUAGAACCGCUAUGCAGGAAAAGCAUCAACAAGAUGGUUUGGACAGCCCAGUGAACGAUUGGUCGGGUGAUGUUCUGAUUGAUGUGCCUCCACCAACUCCUUAUAUCAAAGUGGACGUGGAAUGCACACACAACUCUGCCAACGACUAUCUUGGUUUGGGCUGUGGUAUUUUGACAAUCUGGCGGCCCUCGGAGGAGUUGCUAUCUGGUGGAAUCAAAGAAGGUUGUGAAUACUUCGUCAGCAGCUUGACCGUUAACUGGAAGCUCGACGGCGGGCGCGGCCAUGAUGCAUUCUUACAACUCAGCUCAACAAAACACAGCAGCUUUGAGAAAGUUCAUGAUAAAAAAAUUUCGUCAGAUGACGAAAGCAAGAAUGCUGCACAGCUAAAUCAAGGUCAACGAGUGUGUCUUGAUGUCCAGCAAGCAACAUUGAACUACCUAUCAAAUUUUGAAGAGGGGUUAAACGGCCGGAGAAAUGAAAGGAGGCCGACAAUUGAUGUCUGUGUUUGUGUCGUGCUGGUGGCAGCUCGAGAAAUGCAAGAUGUUUCGACCCCGUCAGAUAAGAGGCAGGCAGAAGUAUCACUGCUUGACCCCGCUAUCAAGCCUAAGGAAUUGCGGUAUGUCGAACACGUCUUCGUCACAGACCAAAGUUGUCAUUUGAUGAGUAUUCGCGUUUCCGGUAUGAAUGUCAGCAUGCCGAAGAAGACGAGCAACGGUCCAUUGAAUCGCGCUUCGUCUUCUUCGUUCGACUUUUGCCGAGGGAGCAGAAGUAUCUGGAAAGAGGGUACGGUAUUGUGCUUGAGUGGUUUGGAAGUGUCGCACUACGACGAGCAACUUCGUAUUUUAGACUGCGUCUUGGUCGAAAGUACGCAGAUUGUGUCUUUUCCUUCGAAGAAUUCCCCAUUCUGGAACCACUUCAACCUGCUUCAGCGCGAAGCUGGCAUUUUUGCGACGCGUGGUUUUUCCGCGCAUGCUUUGCCUUCUGUUAGUGACUUCACGACAGCUUUCAUGCAACUCAAAAAGUACGUGGAGCGAGAUAUCUUGCGUAUGGACUAUGUUCCAUCCCAGGAGUGCAACGAGUCCCAUGCUGAGAAGGUAGACCAAAAACAACUAACUCAAGACAUACAGGUUCAGAAAGAAGGAGGUGGAGAUGCUACAGAUACGAAAAGAGACGACAAGGCGUCAAGCACACUGUGUCGACAAUUGACGUGGGAAGCGAGUGUUAUUAAGAUCAUGCCGUUGAUUGGAGCUAGUAAAUUGGCAUUUCCUAGCGACGUGAUAGCAUUCGCAUGUGUGAACAUAAGGACAGAUGAUGACGCUUUUCGAAUGUUGUAUCUUACUCGAGAAGCGAUGGUAUCGAUGCAGACGUUACUCAAACCCGCAGAGCAUUGUCGUGGAGCAAACGGAAUUGACUCUGACUUAGUGCAAACUGUCACUGAGUUGCUGAGCAAGGUCAAGUUGGGCAAUACUGCCAUCAUCUUCCGUUUUGAGGUGCGUCAAACAACAAACGAGCGUCUGAUCAAUAGCUGGAAGCCGUGGGAGCGUCUUCAUGCUUCAUAUUGGAUAGCGGAGAAAGUCACAGCUACACCAAGCCGAACGUUGCGCUAA